GCAGUCACGGGAAGUGCACUGUCCUCCUUUACCACUGCUCGUCACUACUUUGUUUUCCUUUUGAUCUCGCCAAUUAUGCGUGAAUGCAUUUCGAUCCACGUUGGGCAGGCAGGCGUCCAGAUCGGCAACUCUUGCUGGGAGUUGUAUUGCUUGGAACACUGCAUUGGACCCGAUGGCCAAAUGCCGGAAGACAAGACUAUUCCUGGAUUGAAAAAUUCAUGCUGCACUUUCUUCAAUGAAGCUCGCACCGGAAAAUACGUUCCCAGAGCACUCUUUGUUGAUCUUGAGCCAAGUGUCAUUGAUCAAAUUAGGACUGGUCCAUAUAGCUCACUCUUCCACCCAGACCAACUUAUUACUGGUAAGGAGGAUGCUGCUAAUAACUACGCCCGUGGCCACUACACUAUUGGAAAGGAUAAAGUAAAUGCUGUAGUAAACAGGGUCCGCAAAAUGGCAGAAAAUUGCACAGGUCUUCAGGGAUUCUUAGUCUUUCAUUCAUUUGGUGGUGGCACAGGUUCAGGAUUUACGUCAUUGCUAAUGGAAAGAUUGUCUGUUGAAUUUGGCAAGAAGAGCAAACUUGAAUUCGCUGUGUAUCCUGCACCCCGAAUAUCCACUGCAGUGGUUGAGCCUUACAAUUCCAUCCUUACCACCCAUACUACUCUUGAACAUUCAGAUUGUGCUUUCAUGGUUGAUAACGAAGCUAUCUAUGACAUUUGUCGCAGAAACAUGGAUGUUGACUCUCCCUCUUAUGGCAAUCUUAACCAGCUGAUAGCCCAAGUGGUAUCCUCUAUUACAGCAUCUCUUCGCUUUGAUGGUGCUCUCAAUGUGGAUCUAACAGAGUUUCAGACUAACUUAGUGCCUUAUCCCCGCAUUCAUUUCCCAUUGGUUAGCUAUUCUCCAGUGAUUUCUGAGUCUAGAGCAGGUCAUGAAGAGUUAUCUGUUGCAGAAAUAACCAAUUCUUGCUUCGAGUCUAUUAACCAGUUGGUAAAGUGUGAUCCUCAGCUUGGAAAGUACAUGGCCUGCUGUCUUCUUUAUCGUGGAGAUGUAGUUCCAAAAGAUGUAAAUGCUGCCAUUUCUCAUAUUAAAUCUAAGAGAGCUAUUCAUUUUGUGGAAUGGUGUCCCACAGGAUUCAAGGUAGGCAUAAAUUACCAGAAGCCUUCUGUAAUUCCUGGUAGUGGCUUGGCUGAAGUAAGUCGUGCCUUAUGUAUGCUGUCAAAUACUACUGCAAUUGGAGAGCCUUGGGCUCAACUUAAUCGUAAAUUUGACCUCAUGUAUGCAAAGCGUGCCUUUGUUCACUGGUAUGUUGGGGAGGGUAUGGAAGAAGGGGAGUUCACCGAGGCUCGUGAAGAUUUGGGUGCUCUUGAGAUGGAUUAUGAAGAAGUUUGUAAGGAAUCAGUCGACGGCUCUGAGUCUGAGACUGAAACCAAGACCACUUACUACGCCGCUGGAACUGAAGGAGAUGAUAGCUACUAACAACAUUAUUGACGUGUAAUCUUCAUUACAAUAUGUUUACUUUUAUUUCAGAGGUUAUGCUAUGUUAGGCAGGGAUAUACGGUAUUGUCUUUAUUUUCAAACUUCUGUAAGGUACUGGAUCUUCAUUCAACGACACAUGUAGCUUUCCUUUUAUUAUUAGUUUCUUGAAUAAAGAAGAUUAUUGAAUAUUAUUAAAACUAUUCUUGAAUAAAGAAGAUUAUUGAAUAUUAUUGAAACUUGAAUAAAGAAGAGUAAACAUUAUAUUAAUUUAAUGCUUGUUUUCCUAACUACCCAUUUGUGUUUGCCUAAAUAAGUGCAGGUUUCAAAUCCUGCCUUGGAUUAACUUUAACUAAGCAUCUUAUUUAACAAAAUUAAAUAAGCUGUUCAAAACACUAUGCAUGCUAGUGGCUUUACAAAAAUGUAAAACUUCAAGUCUUUGUACUCUUAUAAAUCCAAUGUACCUUCUUGUAUAUAA